AGUGUUGCUGACCAAAAAAAACAAAGAAAGAGACGACUGGUUUAUCAUUUUUAUGAGUCAUGAAAUGUGGUGUCUUGUUUAUGGUUUCUUGUAUUCUCACAUUCCUCGUUCUCAGCCAUGUUAGAGAGGUGGAAUCCAAAACAAAGUGGGGAUGCGACAUGAACAGAAAAUUUCCUGGAACAUGUGGAACAAAUGGGAAGAAUCAAUGCAUAAGCGACAUCAAAAAAAUACCUGGUGCGCCGAAAGAUCUUGUCGCACGUUGCGAAUGCUCUGCCGCUUUUGUCUGGAAGGGUAAACCUGCCGAGCGUUUAUGUAAAUGUCAAUAUGAUUGUUAAGAAGUUCUUACUAUAAAUAUUACCAUAACCACAAAAAAAAUCUCUUUACUAAUAAAAAUAAGUGAGAAGCUACAAAGAGAUUUUGGUGUUUUUGGUGUCCAGUUAAAUAUUUUUCAUUGCAGAAUA